AGGAAGCCCUGCACGGCGGCGCUGAGAUCUGCGGUCUCCGCCCCUCCCCCGUGGUCGGCAGCCUGCGCUGUCUCCUGGGGAUACACGGCUCGGCCACCCCCUCAAGCAACGUGGGAGGCCCAGCAGCACCAUGUCUGAGCUGAAGGACUGCCCCCUUCAGUUCCAUGACUUUAAGUCUGUGGACCAUCUGAAGGUAUGCCCACGUUACACAGCCGUGCUGGCCCGUUCAGAGGAUGAUGGCAUCGGCAUUGAAGAACUUGAUACGCUGCAGCUGGAGCUGGAAACACUGCUGUCUUCUGCUAGUCGCCGACUCCGGGUGUUGGAGGCUGAAACUCAGAUCCUGACAGACUGGCAAGACAAGAAAGGGGACAGGCGAUUUCUGAAGCUGGGCAAGGAACAUGAGUUGGGUACUCCUAUCAAGCAUGGCAAGCCCAAGAAGCAGAAGCUGGACGGGAAAGGAGGCCACAGCACAGGACAGGGCCCCGGUCGGCCCAAAUCCAAAAACCUGCAGCCAAAACUCCAAGAGUAUGAAUUCCCAGAUGACCCGAUCGAUGUGCCACGCAUUCCCAAGAACGAUGCACCAAAUAGGUUCUGGGCCUCAGUGGAGCCGUAUUGCUCAGACCUCACCAGUGAGGAGGUGCGUACUUUGGAAGAGCUCCUCAAGCCUCCAGAAGAUGAAGCUGAACACUACAAGAUCCCACCCUUGGGGAAGCACUACUCUCAGCGCUGGGCCCAGGAAGACAUGUUAGAAGAGCAGAAAGACGGAGCUCGGGCUGCAGCUGCCGCCGAUAAGAAAAAAGGCAUCUUGGGGCCGCUGACGGAGCUGGACACGAAAGAUGUCGAUGCUCUGCUGAAGAAGUCGGAGUCCCAACAUGAACAGCCUGAGGAUGGCUGCCCGUUCGGCCCUCUGACCCAGCGUCUCCUGCAGGCCCUCGUUGAGGAGAACAUCAUCUCCCCCAUCGAAGACUCGCCGAUUCCAGAGAUGGCCGGCAAGGAUUCUGCAGGGGAUGGUGCCAGCACUUCGCCUCGCAGCCAGAACAAGCCCUUCAGCGUGCCCCACACCAAGUCCCUGGAGGGCCGCAUCAAGGAGGAGCUGGUUGCUCAAGGCCUGCUGGAGUCGGAGGACCGGCCUGCCGAAGACUCGGAGGACGAGGUGUUGGCUGAGCUGCGGAAGAGGCAAGCUGAGCUUAAGGCCUUGAAUGCGCACAACCGAGCCAAGAAACUUGAGCUUCUCAGGCUGGCCAAGGAAGAGCUACAUAGGCAGGAGCUGCGGCAGCGGGUGCGGAUGGCGGACAAUGAGGUCAUGGACGCCUUCCGCAAGAUCAUGGCAGCGCGCCAGAAGAAGCGCACGCCGACCAAGAAGGAGAAAGACCAGGCCUGGAAGAGCCUCAAGGAACGUGAGAGCAUCCUUAAGCUGCUCGACGGCUGACGCUGGGGUCUAGAUGCAAGCCACGUUGGCCCGGCUCCUCUGUUCGAGUCGCAGCCUAGGCCCCCCCACUCUUAGGGGCAAGUGCACACUGCCAGUACAGACUGCAGCAGCUCCCUCCAUCGGCUUUCCAGUGCCCUCUUUGUGCCCUCUUUGGCCAUGUUGUAGCCAGGGUCCCAGACAAACCUGGGCUUUUGGCAGCCAUCUUGUCCCUUCCCACAGGUGACUGCAACCAUUGGUGCUGUUGAGAUGGGGGCUGCCUUUCGCUGAAGGCUACAAUUCCCACCCUAGAUUAUCUGUAGGUCUCUCUUUUCGUGACUUGGCAUCAGGGCAGGACAGUACCACCUGCAUCACGUUUUGGCAUCGCAUCAACUUUCAGAGCUGGCCUGCAGCACAGACUGAAUCUCAAGAGCUGCCUUGGGUCUUCAUUCAUGUUAUCGCCCACUGCUGUUCUCUCUUUGCCCUGCUUUGUGUGAGCCACCAGCAGCUGCAGGCACAAUGCAUUCUGGGAACAGAAUUCUGCAAUGACAAGUCUAUGUGUCCCUCUCCCACUGCCUGUGUUGCAGCAGAUGUGCAUUCUUAACCUGACAACUCUGGGGGCUAGGCCUGAGUUAAAAGGGCCUGUGUAGCUCUGAAUUUGUCCGGAACCAGCCCCUUCUUCCCCUGAGUGGUGCCUGCACUAUCCAGUGCCGAACAGUAGAGGGAGCCAUGCACUUCCUGAUGGUACUUGUUGAGCUCUAACACUGGUCCAAGCACCAGCUGAGAGUGUGGAGUGCAGCACCCUACAUAGGGGAACAGGAGUCUGAGACAGCUCUUGAUGGCUUUGCUUUAUUUCCUGUCUGGUUAGCCAUUUCCUGUGGUAAUGAUAGGUCACACGUUAGUUUCCUGCCCAUCUUGAUGACAUUAAAAAGGGAUUGGCCUCUCGGAACUGGCCAUAAGGGUCCUUGGGUCCUUGGUGGAAGAGGACCAGAGCAGUGGGUCAAGGAGAGGCCAUACAACACGACAGGUAUGACCAGGUGGGGGGGAGGGCUUGGCAUUUAGGGAGGGGCAGAACUGGAUCUAGUCACCCAGCUCAACCCUGUGUCCAUCAUACCUCCAUGCAGAUCAGGAAUGGAAUUGCCAAGGAGGAGUUUUGGGGGGGGCAUUCUCCCAGAAUGCUUUGCUUUACUCCAGCCAUGCUUCAUUUUUUUAGAACAGACUGUGGGAGAGCAAGAGAGUAAGCUGUGCAACAGGGAAACUGGAGCUCCCCACAGACCACCUCUUCUGUUCUGCAGGGAAGUAGAAAGACACUGGCUGUGCAGGGGCCACUUCGGUGGAUGAAGGCUUCUUCCUGCAAACUCUUAUGGGAGAACGCUGGGUCAUGGGAGCAGCCCAUCUGGCCAAGCUCUACCUGAUUCAGGGGGGAGGGAGGCUGUGCAAAGCCACCCACGUCUCUGCUUCUCUUGGGUGACAUUGAGCAGACCACAGCCUGACAUUAGCUCCUUGAAGGCAGGCGGUGGGGGAGAUGCCUAGUCUUGUCCUCCCUCUUGGCUCCUUUGCCCCAUUUCUCCUCCUUUGCCUUGGCUGCUCCAGAAGGACCAUGUUCACCAUUACAACGUUCAGUCCUAAGACAAUGCAACACUGGGGGAGGGGCUUUCUUCUCUGUCACAGUUGGAUAGUGCAGCUACUGGAGCACAGUCAAAACCUCGGUGGGAGAAUCUGGAGCAGGCAUUUAGCUUUACAUCGGACACUGUUGGGCUUUGGUGUCCAGUUUCCUGCUGCCGCCUUCUCAGUGUUUGAUGUGUCUUUUGCUAUGUGUUCUCAGAAGCAUUCUUUGUCUGUUUCAUUUUUAAAAAAAACUUGGAACCUUUUGCACCCUGGUAUCGGCAAGUUUCAAAGCUGUCCUGUUGUGUCUGUUCUCGGGAGUUUAAAGUGUGUCAGGGUGGUUUUGGGAAUAGCCUGGAGCUGGGAUUGGGGGAAAGAGAUUGAAGGAGUUCUCCACAUAUACUGUAGUGUGUGGCUGUUGCGUCAACAUAGUGCCUCACAAGGAUUCUCCCAGAAUAAACUAUUGACUACAG